AUGUCAACGCCGACACAACCCUCCGCUGCUGGCGAGCACUCUGAUCAUGUGUACCUCGUAACGCCCCGGGAACAGAAAACGCAGGCAAAUGGAACCAAACCUGUGCAUCAGGACUCGGAUGAUCAUCGUGAUCAUACAAAGGAGGCAUACCGUUUGUUCAACGUCUGGAAAGAUGUACGAUCAACAUCAGAAACCCAGACAGACCUUACAACUAACCCCCCAGUACAGGUGGCGCUAGGCCCAAACAUUAGCUACAGUCUCCAAGUACAUCCCAGCGGCGGGCGAGCGCAGACUCCAAGCCCGGUAUUUCACACACCGCGCAUUCCCUGGUAUCGCCAGCGGUACCAUCUUCCUGCAUCAUUCGACCUAUACGCAGGAGGCACAGUGAUCCGCAGCAGCAAGGACCCCCAGCCAGCGCCUGAACACCUGCGCUCGCGUAUCCAUUACCGUGGUGUUGAGGGUAUCUUCACACUUCGCGUGGAUGCCGAUAUCCUCUCUCAGCCUGAUGGUGCAAGCGAACCUGUCAAGCGGUGUUCUGUGAGAAUAGCCCGCAAGGGAAUUGGUAGAACGUAUAGUGUUCAGAUUUAUCAGCAUGGAUCUGGAUCAGUGCAGAAAUUCUGCUGGAAGGGAUCCAAGGCUGCGCUGUCGCUUGUUGAGGACAGGGAGCACGAUGGGAAUGGGAAUCUCAAGUUUUUUGCGGCGGAUAGGCCGCAGGAGAUCCUAGCUGUCUGGAAGAAUCGGACUGACCGGCGGAUUUUGGGGGUGUUGAGCGUGCUGGCGACACUGGAUGAGGGUCCGGAUGGGCUGCUCGAGGCGCUGGUGGUCAGUUGUUUGGCGGUUGUGCUUGCAGAGAGGUUGUCUGGUCGGGGAUGGCUAGGUGGAUUGGGGAGGUCCAGUGGUUAG